AUGGCCGCAGGCCUCAAAACCAUCAUUUCCCUCUCCUUCGUCCUAGCAAUCGGCUUCCUCCUCGUAAUCCUCUCCUGCGCCCUCUUCCACCAAUACCUACCCCUCCUCGUCGUCGCAACAUACGUGCUGGCUCCACUGCCAAACUGGAUCUGUGGACGAUGUGCCAACCCAGAUGAUUUCGUGGAGAGCUCGGGUAGUGCGAUUGUGGAUUUUGGACGGUUCUGUACGGGGUUUCUGGUGCUUAUGGGGAUUGCCCUUCCAGUCCUCCUCGCCCACUCGGGAAUCAUCCUUUGGUACGCAGCCGUGAUGUCUAUUAUCGGGGGUGUAUUGAUCUACGGAACCAUCAUCGCAUUCGGGAUGUUCUUUGAAGAGGAGCAUGAGUUCUAG